AUGCCCCAUAAGGGUCUGAACAACAUACUGGAUCAAUUCCAGCAUGGUAGCAUUGUUCUUUCCGUUGCAGGGGUUUAUGGGUACCUGACAUUUGGAAAGGACGUGAAAGCUGACAUUCUGAUGUCGUACUCCAGCGAUGACGUUCUGAUGAUCAUCGCCAGACUUCUGUUUGGACUCUCCAUCAUCACCAUAUACCCCAUCAUCCUGCUGCUGGGCAGAUCAGUGAUCCUGGACCCCCUGCUGAGUCGGCGGAGGAGGCGUGACGGCGUGGUGUCGGCAGAGUUUGAGAGCCGCAGCCGCAUCGUGCUGACGGUGCUGUGGAUCGCCGUCACGCUGCUCAUCGCCACCUUCGUCCCCGACAUCAGCAAAGUGAUCAGCGUCAUCGGGGGGGUCAGCGCCUUCUUCAUCUUCAUCUUCCCAGGACUCUGCCUGAUGUUCGCCAUGCAGUCUGAGCCGGUGUCCUUUAAAACCAGAGUGUUCCUCACAGGGUGGGGAGGGGUGACCCUGCUCUGCGGAGCCUUCGUCUUUGGACAGAGCACCACCAUCGCCGUCAUGCAGGUCCUGGGUAGGAUCUGAGGGUCCUUCAGUGAGGACCGGCCACCCUGGACCUCUGAUAUGGCCCCUGAACUAUCAAGAGGCCCCUCAAAAACGUGCUACUCAUGGCCUUACAAUGGACUUAACCAGAACACGCCCGUUUUCCCCUUCAGUGUCGAGGUACGUUGUUUUCCUUUGGGUUUGUUGUUCUUCCUUGCAUCCCGACAAAGGCCUCGUCUGCUUCUCGCCAUGCGGAGAUGAUCUGAUUGAAAACCCCAGGUGUUGCUGCAGUUUAUUGUUAUUUUUUGCAUAUUUUAUUGAAUAUCUGCAUUCAACCUACCUAUUUUCAGAAAACAAUUACAUAUGUCUAUGGAUAAGAUGAAGAGCUUUAUAAAGACUUGUCGGUUUCUUGAACACCAUAUGAGACGAAUACUUAAUUAUCAGGAAUGUAACAUCAAACGGUUAUAACAUUAUUCCAAAAUGAAAACUGGAAAGCUAUAACCAUAUGUGCAGUAAACCAGGAAUAUGUGAUUGUGAAUAUUUAAUAUUUCCUUUUGUUUAACCACCAGUGCUUAAGCGAGAAUAUUUUUGAUGUUUCUGUAAAUUGGGAUGCAACUGUGUAAAUAAGUCUUGUCAUAUGUUUUUUUUAUGUAAAAAAAAGAAAAGAGUUCUGGCAUUUGAAGAAAUUGUAACUGAAGUAUAAAGUAGACAACUUUAAGUAAACAUUGCAAAAUGAAAAGAUAAUAAAAUACAAUAAUUUUUAUAUGAAA